UGUUAUCAGUUGCCAAUUCGUCUACCUACUCAAAAGUAAAAGUGGAGCGAGAAAGAAGCACUCAAAGUUGUUUUGAAUUUGGGGAUUCGAGGAAUUUGGCGGAAAUGGAGGGAAGCAAGAUCGAGAGUGAGAGCGAGAGCUAUGCGAUUUUCGAAUCACUGAAUUUGAAUCCUCAACUCUUCUUUAACCAAAUUUUCAACACUGUCGAUGAUUUCUUCCUUGAAUUUUUCGAUUUCAUCUUCCAGGAAGCAUCUACCAAGCUCAACAUCGUCGAAGAUGCCCAAAGGUCUCAACAUCUCAAUCAGGGUUUUGAUCGCAUUCUGCAAAAUGUUCAAUCUGAUUUGGAUAGAAAGCUUGCUGUUUGGGAAGAAUACUGCCGUUUUCACUGUUUUUCACUCCCCGAAGGGUUUCAUAUGCCAAAUACUCUCACUGGUGAAUUGAGUGGGAAUGACAUUGAUCUUGUAGCUUCUUCAGAUCAAGAAUUAGAUGCUCAGUUAGAAUCGUUGAGGAAUAAACUAGCUGAGGUGGGGAAAGAAUCGGAAAUGCUAAAUCAAGAAAUUCAAGCAUUCCCGAAGCAAUCUUCUCUCAAUACUCUGCAUAUCAAUGAGGCAGUUCAAUUACUUGAGCAAAACACUGAGUUGUUUCAGGAGAUGUUGACAACUGCCUCAGAACUUCGAUCGAAGAUUGGAAAGGUAAACAUGAUUGAAGAGACCCAAGAAAUGAAUGCAAAAAGCGUCGAUAGCAAUAAAAUGGACACUCCUGCUGAAGGUCUCUCAAAUAUGAAAUUAGAAGAUCUUCAACGAUUUGUAACCCAAUUGGAGUGAGCAUGCUUUUCUCAAUUAGAAUUUGCCUCUCAUGUUGAAACUAAUGGAUUUCAAUUAUUUAUAGUCUUUUUCAAUUUAGUUGGGCGAAGCAGAAGUUGGAAGUUUUUAAUUGACAUGUACCAAAGUGAACUAUCUGAUGGGUUUAUACUCCUGAUCUUCAACUAGGCAGUUGUCAUUAACUUAUGUUGCAAGUCUAUGUAAAUGAUGAUCAGAAGAGUAGUGAUUUAUGGGUGCCAUUGCAAGUAUAUAUGAUCAAUGUUCUUUAUUUA